UUCUCUCACACUCACACACAAAAUUCACACACGCGCUCUCUUAACUUUCUCUCUCCUGCUGUGUGUUUUCUCUCUCCAAAAAAAUCCCAAUUUUCUCCCAAAUUCCUCUCUGUUUUGCUUUCAAAAACUUCACAUUUAAACUCACCAAUGCAUGAUCUUCAGUUUAAAUACAAUUUCGACUCCUAAAUGUUAUAUCCUCACUGAUUUUUUAUAAGUUUACUAUUUUCAAAACAGAGAGAAUGCUUGAAACAAUGGAGAGUUCAGUUAAUGGUGGGUUUUCACACUUACAGAGUUGUGGAGAUAGCAGUGAAGAAGAACUCUCUGUGCUUCCACGUCACACUAAGGUUGUGGUUACCGGAAAUAACCGUACCAAAUCGGUUCUUGUGGGCCUUCGAGGUGUUGUCAAGAAGGCUGUUGGCCUUGGUGGCUGGCAUUGGCUGGUUCUAACUAAUGGGAUAGAAGUGAAGCUGCAAAGGAAUGCCCUCAGUGUAAUUGAAGCUCCUACUGGUAAUGAGGAAGAUGAUGACCUUGAAUUUGACAACGGGCCUUGGAAUGUAUCAGAUAUGGCAUCCGAUGACACUCAAAAGUCCCACAGAUCAAGGCAUAGAAUGCAUAAAUCAACUGGUUCAUCUCACAAGACUAUGAGCAGGUCUCUAUCUUGUGACUCCCAGUCAAAGGGAUCUAUUACUACUCCCCGUGGGUCCAUGAAGGUUGACCUUAGCAAACUGGAAAUGGCUGCAUUAUGGAGAUAUUGGCGACACUUCAAUCUUGUGGAUGCUAUCCCCAAUCCAUCAAAGGAGCAACUAAUUGAUCUGGUUCAGAGGCAUUUUAUGUCACAGCAACUGGACGAGCUGCAGGUGAUUGUGGGGUUUGUUCAGGCGGCUAAGAGACUUAAGACUGUAUGCAAAUGAGGUGGAGAUGGUAAAAGUUUGGUUGUGAAUGCUAACAGCUACUGGUAUCCUAAUGUCCUCUUUCCCUACCCUUGUAGUGAUAAUAUAUGUAACAUAUGUAUCCGUGGUUUGUUUAUGGAUGUUUUCUUCAUUUCGGUAAGUAGGUUAAUAUUUAAUUAGUUAUAGAGGUUCUUACUUUUUGGUAGCAUAGUUAGUUUGUAGAUAUUAUCCUAAACCGGUGACUAGACCUUUAAGAAGUCCCUAUGCCUUUCUUUCUAAGCUUUGUUUUAUGUAUUUGCUGACUUGGGGAUUCCCUAAAAUUGUAUAUAUUCUUCGUUUUCGGCCA